AUGCUCUUCGUAGGAAACUGCGCUGGAUCCCUCUAUCAUCAACCUGUUGAAGUUGACGACGUUGGAUCCAGCCUAUCAGCUCUUUCUGUAGCUGAUUGUGAAUCCAGCAUUUCUGCUAUCUAUAGAUUUACCGUCAUAGCUUUAACUUUUCUUUUUAUCUUUCUUUUUUCUUUCUUUCCUUUUUAUCUUUGCUUUCAUAUUGUAUUUCUUCAUUUGAUAUAUUUUAAUUUUUUUUCUUUUAUUAUUUUCACCAAUUUCGUCGAAAUUUAUUUUCAAUCUCAUAUUUUCUUCUCUUUUUUUCCCUUUUACUGCCCUUCUUCGUCUUUUCCUAUUCCUGUUUUUAUUUCCGUGUCAAUUAACCCUCCGUCCAUUUUAAUCCAACCCUACCGUCCCUUAGGCCAUUGCGUCGAGUUAGUCUAUCCUUCUUCUUCAGGGCCAGUGGAUAAUUUAUUUACCUCCUUCCCUAUCUACCCACCUCGGUUCCCUCUCUCUUUCUUUCUCCAUGUCAAUCUGUCGCUUUCUUUCAUCUAUCUAUCUAUCUAUCUAUCUAUCUAUCUAUCUAUCUAUCUAUCUAUCUAUCUAUCUAUCUAUCUCAAUCCUUUUAAUAUCUAUCUAUCUAUCUAUCUAUCUAUCUAUCUAUCUAUCUCAAUCCUUUUAAUAUCUAUCUAUCUAUCUAUCUAUCUAUCUAUCUAUCUAUCUAUCUAUCUAUCUAUCUAUCUAUCUAUCUAUCUAUCUAUCUAUCUAUCUAUCUAUCUAUCUAUCUAUUUAAUAUCUAUCUAUCUAUCUAUCUAUCUAUCUAUCUAUCUAUCUAUCUAUCUAUCUCAAUCCUUUUAA